AUUGUUGAUUAAAGUUAAGUUCUGCAAACAUGGCGGAAACUGCCCCCGUUGCCGCCGCUGUUCCUCCAUCAGAGGUCGCAGCCAAAAAGAAGAGGCAGCCGAAGAAAGCUGCUGGAGGAGCAAAGAAGAGCGGCAAGUCUUCUGGACCCAGCGUCUCCGAGCUGAUCGUAAAAGCCGUGGCCGCCUCUAAAGAGCGCAGCGGGGUUUCUCUUGCCGCCCUGAAGAAGGCUCUGGCUGCCGGAGGCUACGAUGUGGAGAGGAACAACAGCCGCAUCAAAGUGGGGGUGAAAGGAUUAGUGACCAAAGGAACUCUCACCCAGGUGAAAGGUACCGGCGCUUCCGGCUCCUUCAAGCUCAAUAAGAAGCAAGUGGAAAGCAAGAAGGCCGCCCAGAAGUCCCUGAAGCCCAAGAAACCUGCAGCGAAGAAAGUGGCCAAAUCCCCGAAGAAGCCCAAGAAGGCUCCGAGUGCAGCCAAGACCCCGAAAAAGGUGAAGAAACCCGCUACAGCGGCUGCUGCCAAAAGCCCAAAGAAGCCUAUAGCCGUGAAGCCUAAGAAGGCGGCCAAGAGUCCCGUCAAGAAGGCGGCGAAGCCCAAAGCCACAAAAAGCCCGGCCAAGAAGGCAGCUAAGCCUAAGAAAGCUGCGGCCAAGAAGUGAUUGUAAAGCCGCAGCCUCUCUUCCUUGUUAUCCCCCAAAGGCUCUUUUCAGAGCCACCCACCCUGUCUCGGCAGAGCUGUAGGCGCACGAUGUGAUCUAUUGGGGGACUAAAUAAAAACUGUAGUGAAGAAGUCGCUACAUGUGGCAGAAA